AUAUAUACCUUCUUAACACUUCUGCUAGCCAGGACUCAGUCUGUGUCUCUGUGCCUCAAACAACUCUGCCUGCUUAAGAUAACUUCAAGAUCCUGCAGCUAACAUGGCCACUGAGAAGAGGCUGUCUGCGAGGCGUAAGCAUACGCUGAAGAGCUGUAUGCUGGUGGUGGCCAACAAUUUGCUGGAGGCUGAAUCAACAGUGAAGGCUGGAGAGAGGGAGAAGUUCUUGGCAGAUAAAUGUCCUCCUCUGGAGCUGCCCUACUCCAAGGAUGAGCUUGUGGAACUUUGCCAGAAACUUCAUGAGCAAAUUGACAUCAGUGAAGAGGAGAGAUACUGCCUAGAGUUUAAACUCAACAUGGUACUGAAUGAGGUCAGGGACCUCAACAUAAAGAUUGUGGAUUUGAGGGGAAAGUUCAAGAGGCCCCGGCUGAAGAAAGUGCGCAUGUCUGCUGACGCCAUGCUGAAAGCUCUGCUGGGCUCCAAACACACGGUCAACAUGGACCUGAGGGCCAACCUGAAGCAGGUCAAGAAGGAGGUGAAAGAGGAGGACAAGCAGUUGCGUGAUGUUGGUGACUGGCGUAAGAACAUUGAAGACAAGUCUGAUAGGAAGAAGAUGUUUGAUAGUUAAAUGAAUCAAUUGUUGAGAUUAAGAGUGACUUUCAGGACAGAAUUGAGGUCUAAUGUCUUUGUAACUGAAGAGUUUUACCCCAAAAGGCUGCAUAUCCACCUUGACUCUGACUUUUGUUGAGGUUCCAGUAGUUAACAGUGUGAGAUCUAGAUCAUGCUGAAUCAACCAAAGGUAUACAUGUGGAGCCAAACUGUAGUACUUCCUAAGCUUCUGUUGUGGUACACUAAUUUAUAAAUGGCCUGUAUUUUGUCGAUUGGAUUACACGUACUUCUAUUUAAGGCAUGUGUUGAGUUUCAAAAUGUGGAAUAUCUGUAAUGUGCACUGAUAGUUCUAUAGCUUUUGGAUAUCUCAAUUUGGAGGAAACUCUUCAGUUGAAUCUACCUUCUGCUUUGCCUGUAUGGAAACUUUCCUGUGAUGUAUUUGUACUGGAUGUACUGGUGUCAGUUAGUACAUGAGUGAUGAAACUAUCCCACGUUUCUUCUGUAAAUACUGACUUAUGCUUCUACAUCAAAACACUGGUGAACCAAUGAUACAGCCUCCUCAAAACUGCAAUUGGCAUUUUUUUUUUCAUUGUUCCAAAAAAAGAGUUUUAAAUAAACCAUGAAGUGUCAAGUUUCCAGUGACAAGCAGCGAGGAAACUGUAACCCUCUGAAUGGAAACCCAGCUCUGUCUCUGUAGACACAAAGAUGGCUGCUCGGUGACAGUCAAUUAAAUCAAUCCGAGUACAAUGAUCAGGCUGCUUCCAACACGUAAUUGUGGCUCCUUUGUUGCAGAAGUAUAAAUCAGUCGACAGCUUGUACUCAACCACAUAUUCGUUCAAUUUCAUGUUUCUAAAAGAAAAUGUGAUGUACUUUCCUCGUCUCUCUGCUAUCACAUUAAACACAAAAGCUUCAUAUUCA